AUGCCUCCUUGUUGUAGACUUGGAAAAACAAACACACUGUAUUCCUCUUUCCAUAAAGAGUAUCUAUCUAUCGGACUCCAGUUUUCGGUGCUUUUCUACUUCAUCUCUUGCGUUUGCGUCGGAAUGACUAGAAUCCCAGCGUUUCAAGCGAUGAUCCUUGAAUCAUUGAAGAAACAGAUGAACCCUCGGGGUGUCACACGUUAUGAGAUCCGGAAAUACGUGAAAGGGAAAUGGUUGGAUAGACGAGCCGGAGUGAACAAAGCUUACGAGAAGCAGUGCCUCGCUUCCGCCAUGUGGAGUUUGCAGAACCAGGGCGUUAUUCAUGUGAAAUCGAAGGAUCGAUACGUGCUCGGAUCCGACAGAGCCGGUGCAGGUGGAGUCAUUCUGACAGGAUCCGCCCGUCCUCGUGAGGGUGCCGUCGGCAAACGAUUGAAUAAGAAUGAACGGCAGAGAGCCAGCGAACGGGCGCGGAGAGCGAAAGCACUGGAAAAAGACUUCGAGCAGUUCGGCUAUCUUCCCGAGAUGACGACCAAGAAGAAAGUGGUCCAGUGGCCAGCGAUGAAAAUCGAGUUGGAGCAGAAGCUGGGAGGAGGAAUUGCUGGAGAUGCUUUCAACUGCACCUGGAAGGGACUGGAGAGGGUGGCGAAGAUUAUUCCUUUGCACCCGUCCCACCGAAACAAGAAAGCCUUCCAGGAAGUGGCUGCUCUGAAUCGUCUCGGUGAUGUGGCCCAUCAAACGCCCAAUCUUGUGAAGUUUGAGAUGGCGGCUGUGGUAACUGGAAUGCCACAAGACGUCAAAAACCAGCUGCGAGAAAACUGGCGGACAAAUCACAUGCUGGUUGUGAUUCUGUCAAGAGGAGGGAGACCGGUGGCCAGCCAACCACCUGAUUCGUUGACGGCCCAGCAAUCCAUCGGAAUCAUGAAGCAGUUCGUGAUGACGAUGUUGAUCGGAGAGACAAGCUUGAAGUUGUAUCACAACGACGCCCAUUGUCGGAACGUGCUCCUCACCGACACCGACGACGAGUACCUGGAGUACAAGCCGGAUGGAGGAGCCGUCAAGGUCAAGUCGUACGAAAAGAAGCUGACGAUCAUCGACUUCGGAGAGGCCACCUUCGAUGUUCCCAAUCCGCGGAAGUGGCCUUCGCAUCGAUUCGUCUCCCGUCUCGCCGACUUCUUGAUCCGACGAACAACCGAAGAUACGCGUUAUUACGUCGAGCGUGCCUUAAGCCAGUGUAGAGAUGCAACCGGAAUCGAUGUACACUGGCCCAACGGACUCCUAUUCGCGGACGCAUAAUCAACCUUCGACGUCCUUUUUCCAAUUUUUUCAAGAAAUUUUGUCUUAAAAUUUCCCAUUAAUUUUUUGAAAAUAUUUUUUUUUAAAUCUUUUUCUGUCUUGUUGUCGCAAUUUACUCGGUUUCUCAAAAAAAUUGUAUUUUUUGAGGGGAAGAUUCAAAUUUUUUGAGAAAACCAGUCAGAAAAAGACACGAAAAAUAAUAUUUCGAAAAAAUGAAUGGGAAAAAUUGUGAUCCUUUUGAUUCUUGAUUAUUAUUCUUUUAUGCAUGUUUUAUCAUGACAAUUUUUGUAUUUUUCUUUUCAAAAUUUGCUUUUUUCAGUUAAAAAGAGAAAUAAAAUUUUUUUUUUUUCUU